CUUAAUCCAAGAUGGCGGACAAAGAAGAUAAAGUUUCUUCAUCCCAAAUUCAGUUCAGUCAGUCAGAUCUUCCAGAACUGCUUCAACAAUAUUACAAAAGGCUUUUUCCUUACAAGUACUACUAUCAGUGGCUUAGCUAUGGAUGUGUCCCGAAAAAUUACUUCCAGAAUCGAGAAUUCUCUUUCACACUAAAGGAUGAUAUCUAUGUUCGGUAUCAGUCGUUCUCGAGUCAAGAAGAAAUGGAGAAGGAGAUUCAAAAGCGUAAUCCCUAUAAGAUCGAUAUAGGAGCAGUCUUCACCCACAAGCCCAAGGACCACAAGAUGAUCAAAGCAGCUUCCUUCCAGGCAGUGGAAAAGGAGCUCGUCUUUGAUAUUGACAUGACAGAUUAUGAUGAAAUCAGGACUUGCUGCAAGGGAGCUGAGAUUUGUCCAAAGUGUUGGACCUUUAUGGUUGUUGCCAUGAAAAUCUUGGAUAAAGCGCUUAAAGACGACUUUGGUUUUCAGCAUAGAUUGUGGGUAUACAGUGGUCGCCGUGGAGUUCAUUGUUGGGUUUGUGACGAAGCUGCCAGGAAGCUUUCCCAAAGUGCUCGUUCAGCUGUUGCCGAGUACCUCAGUGUUGUCAAGGGAGGGGACAGUAAGACAAAGAAGGUUAAUCUACGUUCACCUCUUCAUCCACACCUGCAGCGUUCUGAGAAAGUUGUGAAGAAAUAUUUUGUCAAACAUAUUCUCAGUGACCAGGAAAUUCUGUCAUGCAAAGAAAGAUGGGAUGGAGUGCUUGCCCUGAUCCCAGAUGAUUCAAUUAAAGCCCAGCUUGAAAAAGAGUGGUCCUCAUCAAGCGAAUCCACAUUAGACAGAUGGAAGUAUUUGAAAGAAGGAAUGCAGACUACAAAAAUAAGUCUGAAGGAUACAGAAACAGAGAUUAUGUUCCAGUACACAUACCCUCGUCUGGAUGUUAAUGUCACUAAAGGACUAAACCAUUUGUUGAAGAGCCCCUUUUGCAUUCACCCAAAGACAGGUCGGGUGUGUGUGCCUAUUGAUAUUGAUGAAGCAGACUCUUUUGAUCCAUUUACAGUGCCGACUAUCAGCCAACUUUUAGAAGAAAUAGAUGACUAUGAUAUGAAUAACCUUUCUGAGUCAAUGGAAAACAACACAGCAGAAAAAAAGAAAAAAUUUCCAGCAUAUGAAAAGACAUCAUUAUUUAAGGCAGUCAAGACUUUCCAGAAAUUCCUGAAGCCAUUGAAUGCUGAAAAUGAUAAACGCAGGAAGAUGGAAAGAAAUGAAGAAGAAAAAAAGUGUGAUUGGUGAUGAAAAGUUGAGCUUGCUGGACAAGGAGGAUGUGAUACAAGUACCACAGAUAUAAUUAUUUAGUGUAAAAUACUGCAAGAAAAACGCCAUAAUGUUCCAAAGAAAUUGCCACAGAUACAGGUUUAGAGUAGAGUGAUCCUAUUUAUGUUGUGAAAUGUGUUUUAUGUCUUGUUAGUACUGAUUGGCAUUCUAAGUUGCUAUAGAGAUUAAAGGUGCGAUUACAUGGGCAAUUUUCUCUGCAACUUGUCUCGCAACAACGUUGUGACACAAGUUGCAAGAGUGUCUACAAGUUGCAAUGGAGACACAAUUGUUGGGGAAAGUAGAAUUAGUUUCUACUUUUGGCAAUAACUGCUGCAACUUGUCUGGCAACAUUUUUCAAAUUGUGCUGUAGGUUACACGCUGCAAUGCUCCAUACAACUUCAGAGAAAAUUGCUCUGUGUAAUUGCGCCUUAACUAUGAUACCCAACAAUCACAAGAAAAAUUAUAAUAAACAAAAACAGUGGCAUUUGCCUUAAGUUAUUGUUAUCUUCUUCGGCACUGCCAAAGACAUGAAUAACAAGGGAACUGACAACAAUACUAACCACGACUGCAACAACACCAGCAGUAACAAUGCCAAUAAAGGUUCUGACACACAGUGCAACAUUGCAUGCAGCAGGAAUGCUGUAGCGUGUGUCUACGCCAAACUUGUUGCACGCAACGUUGCAUGCAACAAAUCUGAAGUUGAAUCUUGCUCUGCUCUUGCAACAUUGUGCGCAACAAAUUUCAUCAUGUGAACAUGGCUGCAACAUCACAUGCAACGUUUUGAAAUUUCCAGCCAAUCAGCUUGCACCAAAUUUAUAACUGCUGACCAUAUAUCUUAACAUAGCAUGUGGUGUGAUUUUGUUGCAAUGUGUGUCACCCCAAUUAAAAUUUGUUGCUUGCAAUGUUGCGUGCAAUGAUGCACCGUAUGUCAGCACCUUAUCUUGUACUGUGACAACACCAAUAAUCAAGAUGACAAGAACUGUUAAAUCUAAACUGAACAACAGCUACAACAACAUUAACAAUAAUAGUACAUGAUAACUGCAAAGAGAACAAUGAUAAAGAUGUGGCAUCAUUAACUACAAUUACCAGAAUCCCUUGCACCCUUUCUUUUGCCCAGUUAAUUAGCACCAAUAGUCUUACUAUGGUCAUGAAGAAAUACAAAUUUAAAUAAAAAAUAAUUUGCAUAGCAUUUUGGUAGUGGUAUAAACCUAAUCGGCUAACGUGUUGCUAUAAACAUUUCCACCCAAUUCAAACAAUGGGAGUAAGUUUCAUUGUUCGUUAUAUUUUGGUUUCGCAGUUGAAUUCGUAGAGACAAACGCUUCUAUUCCCAGAAGGUUUGAAUUGGGUGGUAAUGUACAUAGCAACACGUUACCCGAUUAGGUGUAUUCAAAUGACACUAUUCUAUGACAACGGUUCAAACGGUUCUAUGACAUAAUGGCAACAAC